AAACAAAUCUAAAUUAAAUCACACACAAGUUAUUUAUUAUUGGAAUCACAUUGGAAAUGCAUGUCAAGAAGCAAAAAAAGCACCACUCCGUGCAUGAGCAGAAGUGCCUCAAUGGGGCCGACAAAGUGAUCAAUUUUGAUCGAUUACCUCGGAUUCUGGACACGUUUUGGCGCAAGGAUACGAAGAUGCCAUCGUGCCGCAUGAGUGGUCUGAAAAUGUUGCGCAUCGCGUCGUUGAACAAAUCGUCGGCAUUUUCGCAUCGGGAGCGACAACUGUACAAUAUCCAUGGCCUGCUGCCCGUUGCAGUUCGCAGCAUCGACAGGCAGGUGGAGGCAUGCAGCAAAUACUUAGCCACAUUGACCACAUACUAUCAGAAGCAUAUAUUUCUCACGGAACUGGAGACGCACGAUCGCAAGCUGUUCUAUAGCAUGCUGAUGAGCAAUCCGGAGAAAUACUUGUCCGUGUAUCACAGCUCCAGUGCAAAAGAUUCGGUAAUACAUUACAGUCAUCUGUUUACCAAAUGCAAGGGAAUGUUUGUAACGAUCAAGGACCGCGGCCAUGUCCUCCAAGUGCUGAGCAACUGGCCUCACCGCCAUGCAGUUCGCUAUUUAAUUGUGACGAACGGGGAGGUGGUGCUGAAUAUGGGCGAUCACGGUGUCAAUGGAUAUCCAAUGGUAUUUUCCAAAUUGCAUCAAAGUGUCGUCUAUGGCCGAGUUCCACCCGAGACAUGUUUGCCAAUUAUGCUGGAUUGCGGCACCAAUAACGAGCACUUGUUGCAGGAUCCCCUCUACGUGGGGUGGCCCCACCGUCGCAUCACUGGACCCGAGUACGAAUCCUUCUUUGAGGAGUUUAUGCUCGCAGUCAUGCGUCUGUUUGGACCACGCACUUUGAUACAAACGAAGAACUUUAAUAUAAAGGACUCCAUCAAGCAGCUGGAGCUGUAUCGCAAGAGGCAAUGCAUCAUGGACAUAGAUCUGCAGUGCCUGGGAGCUUGUGGGUUGGCGGGUCUGCUGGUUGCCAAUAGAAUUAGCAAUAGGAAGUUAACGGAUAACACGAUACUGCUUUAUGGCUAUGGCGCUUUCAACGUUGGCAUGGCUUACACAUGUCUAGCCCAAUUGAAACACAUGCGGUUGGAUGAGAGUGCAGCAAGGGAUCGCAUCUGGUUCUGCGAUGACAAGGGAUUGGUUGUCCAUUCACGUUGCGAUGACACAGUUCCCGUCCACCUGCUUAAGUUUGUGAAGCGACAUGAGCCAAUUUCUAGUCUAUGUGAGGCAAUUGAGGCCAUUAAACCCAAUGUUUUAGUGGGCUGCAGCAAGCAGCCAAAUGUGUUUAGCAAAGAGGUAAUCAAAGCAAUGGAGCAGAGCUGUAAGCAACCCAUCAUCUAUUCCAUGACCCGCCAGUCCGAGUUGGCUGAGUGUAGUGCAAAUGAUGCCUUUGUCUAUACAAAAGGACGAUGCAUUUUCAUCUCGGCUUCGGAGCUGCCCCCAUUGAAGUAUGCCAAUAAAUGGUAUCAGCCGGGCUAUUGCAACGUCAAUUAUAUGCUACCCGGAUUAACGCUGGGUGUCAUGCUGUCCGGCAUGACAAGCGUGCCGGAUGAUACAUUUCUGGUUGCAGCACAACGACUGGCCAAUCUCGUAUGGCCCAAUGAUUUGGAAAUGCGCAAUUGCUUUCCACCCAUACGCAAGUUGAAAUGCAUUAAUCAACAGAUUACAGAUACUGUAUUCAGCUAUGCCUAUCGUCGCCGCAUUGCCACGCUCUGGCCGGAGCCGAGCAAUCCCACGAGCUACAUUGAGAGCAUGAUGUACCAAACGGACUAUGGCCCGGAGAUUUCCCAGAUUUAUUGUACGGCAAAGCAAAAUAUUGGCACCGCCGAGUCCGCUACGUACUAUAAGCAAAAUAUCUAGUCCACCACGUGUACUAUUUAACGAUAUGAAUUUAAUUAUUAAAUCCGCUCUAAAUACUAA